CGACGGUACAGCCUUUGGCUCCAGUUGCAAACCAAACCGUCGCAUCUCCGUGCAGCGGCUGCUUGGUUGUUUUUGUCACGGAGUUGACCAAAACAACGAGAUACUGUAGGAGGAGGAAGGCGAAUGAAGUGUGCGUCCAUCCUGACCCAAGGGUUCAUCUUUUGCCUUUUCUGUUGGAGUGUGAAGACUUGCAAUCAUCCUAAACAAAGAGCUGUCCAAGCCCCCCUUUUAACUCCACCCCUGCGAUAUGAGCAGAGGUAGAGGAGGGUCCUACAAAGAACAUUACAACAGACAUCAGCCUCCCCACCUUCAGGCUAAGGAGAAUUACUACAGAAGCGGUCAGGCCUCACUCUUUUAUAGAGCCGGUCAGGAGCUUAUCCCAAAUCUAAAUUACUACCACCAUCCAGGAGGGCCUAUACAGCCACCGCCUCCUCUGCUCCCAUCUGCUCCCCCUAUACCAGGCCAGGUUAGAGUAGUCGCUGCUCCUGACCACAUAGAUUACCAGGUUCAGGGUGGCUGUCCGGUUCCGAAUUCCUUCCGUAGUAGACAAGUAGAAUUCCUAAGAGGACGGAGCUCUGAGGCACCGCAGUUCAGACCUCGCUUACAAGGAGGCGGGGCAGCAUCGAGCAGGCCUCCUAGUUCUCCAUACCAUUCACAGUUGGGCUAUAGUAGAUAUCCAAACCCUGGCAGCAGUCCGAGAGGACGAGGAAGCCAAAACCAGAGUUUUCAUUACUCUUUGGGUCCAGGAGCAUCUCGAGGAGCCAAGGGCCCUCGAUUCCAAAAUAAAAACCAGUUCCAAGGAAAAACCAACAAUAAUCAAUUUUCCAACAGGCAAUGUUGGCGAGAGGAAGACUCUCUGUGUGAUAGUUUUCAGAGUUUCUCUCUUGAACAAGAUCCAGCCAACCAAGGUAGAGAGAAGUUAGACAGAUAUUCAUUAUCCAACCCCUUAGCUGAUUCCAGAUUUGGAAAAGUUAACAUCUGCCUUACACCGCACAUACAGGAGCAGGUGCACGGGGUUCUGGCUGCUUUGAAGCCAGGUGAGAGUAUCUCUGCGAAAGUGUUAGCCAAAAAACUCCAUUUGCCCAAAAAGGUAGUAAACAAGGCUCUCUACUCUUUGGAGGGCUCACAAAGAGCUUCUAAGCAAGGACUUCAACCUCCUCUGUGGAGUUUGUACAAAGCUGAAGGUCCGGUCUCUGAUAGUAGAAAUUCAGUUUCUUACCUGUGUGCCGGUACUGAACAACCCGAAACAACUGAAACCGUGGUUGACCCAGGAAAGGAAACCAAAGGACAAGUUAAAGAGGAGAAAUCUGACACAGAAUCUAGUUCCUCUUACAGCCCGUCUCCAGAGUCUUCUGACUCGGAAAAAGCCCAGUCACCAGCAGAAAGUCAGAACCACAGAAACGAUCCUGCAAGCACAACCAUCUCCACUAAUCAGGACGCUAGUUCUCCCAUCAUGGCACACAAAGAGCAGAUUUUACAAUGCCUUCUUGAUUUAGGAGAGGCAACUGCUCUCGUUUUAGCCAAAAAACUGUGUCUAACAAGUGCUAAGCAGGUAAACCCCACACUUUAUGCUUUGGAAAGGCAAGGUGAAGUUGUUAGAAAUCGUGAUACCAAUCCUCCAAAAUGGGAGCUCUCUGCCCACCGCAAAGAGAGGAUGGAAAGGAGCCUGAAAGUCUCAAAAGGUGCUCCUGUUUUUGGGGAUCUGAUAAAGAUGGAAAUCAGUACAGAAGAGAAUAACGAAGGGUCUGUCUUCCCAUCGUCAGCGUUACCAGCUAUGCCAGGCCUUGAGCCUUUGCCUCUGCCGGAUGAUUUGCUGGAGCAAAGUCGAAGUGGUUUGGAGCCCACUCUAACGUGUGAAGACAAAACUCCCAGCGACCUACCGUGGGCCUCUGAUGACAUUCCAGAGUUUCUCAAUGCUAUCCGCCGAGAGACUGAUGCCAAGAAAAUUGCAGAACAGCAAGGUGGCGCCGUUGGAACUGUUGCUGUGUCUGUGGCUGCACCACCUCCUCAAAACCUGCAGGCUAAAUUACAGGAAGUGAGGCUGAAGAACCCCGUCAGUGGACUGAUGGAGUAUGCCCAGUAUCUGGGCCAAAACUGCGAGUUUCUGCUCCUCAACCAAUCAGGACCCUCUCAUGACCCAAGAUUUCGUAUGCAGGUGAUGCUGAAUGGAAAGCUGUUUCCUGUCGCAGAAGCUUCCAGUAAGAAGGUUGCUAAAAAGGAUGCUGCUGCAGCUGCUCUGCGCGUGCUUAGCGGAGAGAUGCAGGGAGGGACGGUAACGCCGGAGGAGGGAAAUGCUACCAGUGGUGACCAAAUAGUGGACAUGCCUCUAGAUGCCACUGGUUCAGAUGAAAAUAUGGGUGGGACGUUUGGAUCUAACAGUGUGGAAGGAUCAGCAGAAGGAGCUCGCCAGCCUCUGUCCCGUUCCCUGCCCGGCGGGAAGAAUCCCGUGUCUGUCCUGAUGGAGUAUAGCCAGCGCAGCGGAAACCCCAUCGAAUUCAUUAACACAGGGCAGGCAGGCCCACCACAUGACCCAAGGUUCAUGUUCAGGGUGAAGGUUGGAGAGAUGCUGUUUGCUGAAGCCUCGGCACCAAGCAAGAAGGUGGCCCGUCAGCUGGCAGCAGAGGAGGCUGUUAAAGAAUUAAUGGCCGAUGGAAAACUGCAGGUAAACAAGCCUCAGUUGCCCCUCACUCUGCCCCUUGAAGGAGAUGGAGGUGCUUCCAGUGCCACCUGUCCUUCUUUGCCUCCUUUAACUGCGAGUGAAUUGAGAGCUGCCCAUGAGGCAGGGGUUGGGGACCUCAUCAAUCACCUGAACAACAACGCUGUGUCAGGUCUGCUGGAGUAUGCCAGAGCCCGGGGCUUUGCUGCUGAGAUUCGGCUGGUGAGCCAGUCUGGACCCCCACAUGAUCCUAAGUUUAUCUACCAAGCCAAGCUGGGCGGACGGUGGUUUCCUUCAGUUUGUGCCUCCAACAAGAAACAAGGAAAGCAGGAAGCGGCAGAUGCUGCGCUGCGGGUUUUGAUUGGAGAAGCUGAGAGGGCGGCACGCACUGGAGAGCUAAUUCCAACUGAGCUACCGGUUAGCGGCAGCACUUUGCACGACCAGAUAGCCAUGUUGAGCCACCAGCGUUUCAACGCCCUGACCACCCGCAUCCAGCACAGCCUCCUGGGACGCAAGAUUCUGGCUACCAUCGUCAUGAGAAGAGGGGAGGGACUGGGAACUGUCGUCAGCCUUGGAACUGGAAAUCGUUGUGUCAAAGGGGAGGAGCUGAGCCUUAAAGGAGAGACUGUAAACGACUGUCAUGCUGAAAUCAUCUCCAGGAGGGGAUUUAUCCGGUUUCUGUAUAGCGAGCUGCUCAAGCACUGUGAUGGAGCAGACGACAGCAUUUUUGAGCCAGCAGAGGAGAACAAACUCAAGAUCAAAUCUGACAUCACGUUUCACCUUUACAUCAGCACUGCACCUUGUGGGGAUGGAGCCCUGUUCGAUAAGUCAUGCAGUGAGGCAGGAGAUGAAACCCAGGGGCACAAGCCUCUCUUUGAGAACGCAAAGCAGGGCAAGCUUCGCACUAAAGUGGAGAAUGGUGAGGGGACCAUCCCGGUAGAGUCGAGCGCCAUUGUCCCCACCUGGGACGGCAUCCAGCACGGUGAAAGGCUGCGAACCAUGAGCUGUAGUGAUAAGAUUCUGCGCUGGAAUGUGCUGGGCCUGCAGGGGGCACUGCUCUCUCAUUUCUUACAUCCCAUCUAUUUGAAGUCCAUCACGCUGGGCUAUCUGUACAGCCACGGUCACCUGACGCGUGCGGUCUGCUGCCGGCUUGCCAGAGACGGUGAGGCCUUCUCCCAGAGUCUCCCUCCUCCCUUCACUCUGAACCACCCUGAGGUGGGCAGAGUGAGUGUGUACGACUCCACCAGGCACACAGGCAAGACCAAGGAGUCCAGUGUGAACUGGAGCUUUCCAGACCAGCACAAUGUAGAGGUUCUGGAUGGGACCAAAGGAAAGCUAGAUGGGAACAAACAGGCCAUGUCCCGCGUGUCCAAAUCCACCCUCUUCUGCAUGUUUCGCUCUCUGUGCCAGAGGUACGGCCGCACAGACCUCUCUCUAUCCUCCUACGCUCAGGCCAAGACGUCGGCCAUGCCCUUCCAACUUGCCAAGCAGCGGUUCUUUGAAGCUCUUUGCGUCCACGGCUACGGAGCCUGGAUCGGGAAGCCGCUGGAAGAGAAGAGCUUUGAGGCUUUUGAGGCAACUGGAUACAAUGGGGGGGGUGUCCAUGUGGGAUAUGGCAACAAUAAUAACGGAGGGGUAGUCGAGUGCAAGCAGGAGGAGGCGUAGGCCCAUGUACUUAAAAAAAUUAUUCAUCUGUGAGGGAAAUGGAGAGCAGGGUAUGAUUUAGGAGAGGGGGUGGGUUUUGCAGACAUGAAGUAAAAGUACAAUCAAACAGCACACAGCCAGUGGCCAGAACUGUAUCUUCUGAUGAAACAUGUUUGAAGGGUGCAGGGAGAGUGAUAGAAAGGGACAAGACGAGUCAAGGGCAAAGCCUGAAGUAUGAAUGAGGUUACAGUUGACAUUACAGAGAUCCACAGGCUGUGCAGAGCUCUGUAUACACUACAUGCAAAAGAAACUUUCUGCAUCCAUGUUCCUUCUCUGUCAGCGUUCAAUGGCUCAACCGAAACUAUGUCAUUUUCUUUUCCAAUUUUAUUUUUCAAUUUCUGUCGAUUGCGUGGUCUAUUCUGUUUUAAUUUUUUGCUUUAAAAUCUUGUUUUCUUCUAUUGGUUUAGAGGAAAUUGUCAAACGGUCUGGACCAAGAUGACUUCUACUGAUUAUAUUAAUUCUGUUUGCACCUAAAGCAGCAAAAUGGUUUUGGCCUAAUGUUACCCUGCAUUUUAGCAGCGAAUGAAAUCACACCA